AUGAUUCUUCUACUGCUAAUCGCUGCCGUGACCUUGGUGGUGCUGUUCAUCAAGCAACGGUUCAACUACUGGAAAGUGCGAGGAGUACCGUACGCGAAUCCCACCUUCCCCCUCGGGAACCUGUGGGGAACUGGUACGAAACAACACCUGUCGGAAGUCUUGGAAGACCUGUACUUCAAACUGAAGGGAAAUGCACUGUUCGGAGGAAUCUACUUCUUCAUCAACCCCGUGGUUCUGGCACUGGACCUUGACUUCAUCAAAACCAUUCUGGUGAAGGACUUUAACUCCUUUCACGAUCGGUCCAUUUACUUCAACGAAAAGGAUGAUCCGCUUACAGCUCACCUCUUCACCAUGGAAGGCAUCAAGUGGAAAAACAUGCGCGUCAAACUAACGCCCACGUUUACGUCGGGUAAGAUGAAAAUGAUGCUUCCGAUUGUUCGGGACUGUGCCGAUGAAUUGGAGCGAUGUAUCGUGAAGGAGACUGCUGGUGGUGGUGAGAUUGAGUUGAAAGAUAUUCUCGCACGCUUCACGACGGAUGUAAUUGGGAAUUGUGCGUUUGGACUGGAGUGUAACAGUUUGCGUGAUCCCAAUGCCGAGUUUCGCACCAUGGGAAGAGAUGUAUUUGACUUGCGUGGUCUUGGAUUCGUGAAGCUUCUUUUGACUCAGCAGUUUAGGACGCUAUCACGUGCGCUUGGAGCCGUGACGCUAACUCCAAGUGUUUCGAAGUUCUUUUUGAAAACCGUCUCGGACAAUAUUGAGUACAGAGAGAAGAACAAAAUCGAACGGAAUGAUUUCAUGGAUUUGAUGAUAAAGCUGAAAAACGGACAAGCUUUGGAACAGGGCAGCACGGAUCAGCAGUUGGGCACGCUAUCCGUUAAGGAAGUGGCUGCUCAGGCGUUCGUUUUCUUCUUUGCUGGGUUUGAAACCUCCUCGACACUGAUGUCGUUCUGUUUGUAUGAACUUGCCCUGAAUCAAAAUCUCCAGGACAAAGCCAGGAAGGAUGUCCUCGACACUAUUAGCAAGCAUGGAUCACUUUCCUAUGAAGCAGUUCAUGAGAUGAAAUACUUGGAAAAGUGCAUUUACGAGGGCCUUCGGAAAUACCCACCUGCAUCGAACAUUUUCCGUACGGCAACUCAGGACUAUAAUGUGCCCGGGACGUCGCUGACCAUUGAGAAGGGUACGUCGGUCAUGAUUCCCACACUCGCCAUCCACCACGAUCCGGAAUUUUAUCCGGACCCUAUGAAGUUCGACCCGGAUCGAUUCAACUCGGACCAGGUGGCAGCACGCCAUCCGUUUGCGUUCCUCGCGUUCGGAGAGGGUCCUCGUAUUUGCAUUGGGUUGCGCUUCGGGCUGAUGCAGGCUCGCAUUGGAUUGGCGACUUUGCUGAAGAAUUUUCACUUUAAGUUGGGUACGCAGAUGACGGGUCCUCCGAAACUUGAGCCCUCCAGUGCAAUUUUGAUGAUCAAGGGUGGACUUUGGAUGAAGGUGGAGAAGAUUGGUGCUUAGA